UAGUCUGCUGCUGCCCGCUCAGUGCGAUGAGAAGCGGCGGAGAAGAGUUGGCGGAGCUCCCGGGACCUCUGCUGCUGCUGCCGCCGGUGACCCCCGCCCGCUCUAUGGAGGAGGAGGCCGAGGAUGCUGCUGUGUACCAGGAAAACCAAGCCGCUCGUCUCCACCUGCGUGAUCCUGAGCGGCAUGAGUAACGUGCUGUGCCUGCUCUAUGUGGGCUGGGUCACCAACUACAUGGCCGGCCUCUACGUGCAGGAGCCCCCGGAGCGGCCGAAGCUGGAGCCCCCCGAGGACAAGGCCGGGGACACCCUGCGGAUCAUCGAGCGGCUGGAGCGGCUGGAGAGCGUCAUCAACCAGCACCUGCAAGAAACCCCGCAGAAAGCUGAGGAGACCGCGGCGGAGCCCUUCACAGACUCCUCCCUCUUCGCACAUUGGGGUCAGGACCUGAGCCCCGAGCAGCGGAGGAUCGCCCUGAAGCAGUUCCAGUAUUAUGGUUACAACGCUUACCUGAGCGACCGGCUGCCCAUGGACAGACCCCUGCCUGACCUGAGGCCUGCCGGAUGCAAGAACCUGACGUAUCCGGCUCGUCUGCCCCAGGUCAGCAUAGUCUUCAUCUUUGUCAACGAAGCUCUGUCCGUCAUCCUGAGGUCCAUCCAUUCCGCCAUUGACCGGACGCCCGCGGAGCUUCUCAAGGAGAUCAUCUUGGUGGACGACUUCAGCGAUAAUGUGGAGCUGAAGGAGAAAUUGGUGCAGUACGUGGACGGGGUUAACGCAAACAAACCGGGAUUCAUCAAGGUGGUCCGUCACAGCAAACAGGAGGGGCUCAUCCGCUCCAGAGUCAGCGGCUGGCGGGCGGCGACGGCUCCGGUUGUGGCUCUGUUUGAUGCACAUGUUGAGUUCAGCGUGGGAUGGUCUGAGCCGGUGCUGAGCCGGAUCCAGGAGAACCGGAACGUCAUCAUAUCGCCCUCUUUUGACAACAUCAAAUACGACACCUUUGAAAUUGAGGAAUAUCCUCUCUCCGCUCAGGGAUUUGACUGGGAAUUAUGGUGCCGGUAUCUGAACCCCCCGAAAUCGUGGUGGAAGAUGGAGAAUGCGACUGCCCCCAUCAGAAGCCCCGCACUGAUUGGCUGUUUCAUCGUAGACAGACUGUACUUUGAAGAGAUUGGUCUCCUGGAUGAAGGGAUGGAAGUCUACGGCGGAGAGAACGUGGAGCUGGGAGUGCGGGUCUGGCAGUGCGGGGGCAGCGUCGAGGUUCUCCCCUGUUCUAGAAUAGCCCACAUCGAGAGGGCCCACAAGCCGUAUACGGAGGACCUCACCGCCCACGUCCGGAGGAACGCCCUGCGGGUGGCGGAGGUCUGGAUGGACGAGUUUAAGAGUCAUGUGUACAUGGCCUGGAACAUACCGCAAGAGGACCCCGGCAUCGACAUCGGUGACAUUUCUGAGAGGAAAGCCCUGAGGAAGCGGCUGCAGUGUAAGACCUUCCGCUGGUAUCUCGUCACAGUGUAUCCGGAAAUGAGAACCUACUCUGACAACAUCGCCUACGGCGUGCUGCAGAACUCCCUGAAGACAGACCUGUGCCUUGACCAGGGGCCGGACACGGACAACAUCCCCAUCAUGUACAUCUGCCACGGACUCACUCCACAGAACGUUUACUACACGAGCUCCCAGCAGCUUCAUGUUGGAGUCUUGAGCCCGACAAUAGAUGACGAUGACAACCGCUGCCUGGUGGACGUGAACAGUCGGCCGCGGCUGAUCGAAUGCAACUACGCCAAAGCGAAGAGGAUGAAGCUUUACUGGCAAUUUAAUCAGGGAGGUUCAAUACAAAACAAGAAAUCCAAGCGCUGCCUGGAGCUGCAGGAAAACAGUGACAACGAGUUUGGCUACCAGCUGGUGCUGCAGAAGUGCAGCGGACAGAAGUGGAGCAUAACAAACUUUCACAAGAACAUCUCCACCUAAUGCAAGUGGAUCCUGUAACACCUGCCCCGUCCAGCAGUGGGCGCUGCACAGCGACGCUCAGCACAGGUUCUCCUCACACUACUUGAAUCCUUUGCUACUGUGUAGCAAAUGAUAGAACUUUGCCUGCUGUUUGGUUGUCUCUUUUGUUUUUUUUUAAUUGGGUGAAUAUGUGGACCAGAUCACGGGAUGUAGACUUUUUAUUUAGGAAUAUUUUUAAGGAUUUUAGACAGCUGCUGAAUGGUGGAGGGAAUGGCGGAGAACGCAGGAAAAUUUUACAUCCAACUGUAAAUAAGUAACAAAAAUUCUAAAUAUUUAUAAAAGACAAUAAAUUUUAUGGA